UGUGAGAUGGUGGCCUGAUCGUGUCAGUACGUAUAAGAUUACCCAAUAAUUUGACUGUUUGUUAUAGACUUUGUAAUUCCUCUCUUGCGCAUGCUGUGAAAGUGUUGUUUCCCGUCAUUCUCUAAUUUCAUCAAGUCCAUGUUUACAUGUAAAUUGUUUUACAGCGGCGAAGAAAGUACUUGCCAAGCGUCCAAGAUGGCUGACUUGGAAGCCGAAGUUGAACAAUUCAUUGCCGACGAUUCGGAUUUUCACUCAAAAAACAAAGACAAACCUCUUUGCAACAUGCUUACAAGAAAGAACUUUGCCAUGUAUUUACAGUUCGUGUUUUUUGGGAUCGGUUCAGUGCUUCCUAUAUUUGUCAUUUUUGCGGCUGUGGAUUACUUCGACGACAUUUUCCCCCACAAGCAGCCGGAGUUCGCUUUGAACGCAAUUUAUAAUCCUCUCUUGUUCUGUGGUUCUUUUGUAAACCUUCUCUGGGGCCGUGCUGCAAGCUUUAAAUGGCGAAUAGUCUGUGGAUUUACGGUGAUGGCUGUCUGUAUGAUAGGGUUUAUUGUUCUGGAUCAACUUGAGUUGUGUGGUUCGACUUGUCUUAAGAGCCAUUUCUGGGCCGUGUUGUUUGUGGCUGGGGUUCUUGGUUUAGCAGAUGCUGUUUGUCAGUCCACCCUGUUUGGCUUAACCACUCACGCCUUGCCACCAUUAUAUACUCAAGGACUCAUGGUAAGAUUGACUUAAUAUAUAAUUUUAUUUUAAGUAUUAUUUAACUUCUUGUCAUAAAAAAGUAGAUUCCUGUAGCUCACCGGUAGAGCAUCCAGGGGCCGGGGGCCUAACCGGAGAUUAAAUUUCUUAACUGUGGGUUUUGUUAACUUGAGGUCAAAAUUGUGUCGUUCCAAGCGUGGUUAGCUAGGGUACCUGUUAGUUAACCUCAGGUUUAACGUGACUAACACACAGUUAGCAUCCCAGAAAAAACAUUUACCAGGCCCCGGUUGUUCAAACGCUGGAUAGCACUAUCCAACGGAUAAAUCACUAUCCAGCAGAUAAGCAUUUGGGAAACCAAUCGCACUAUCCACUGGAUAGAGAUUUAUUCACCGGAUAGCGCUAUCCACCUUUUGAACAACUGGGGCCAGCAGGUUAAUAAGCCCAGACUAGUAACCAGAGGGUUAUGGGUUGCACUCCUGUUGGAAGAGAACUCUGAUUUGCCACAUCAUCAAAAAUAUCCAUUUACAUUAUAUUCUCUAGCCUUUCAGUUAGACUACUGUAACCAAGGCCAGCUAGACGCCUAUAUUAAGUUGACCAGUAGUAUGGUUCACACAAGAUUCACUUUUAAGCUUCAAAACUUAUUCUUUAGUAGAAUUCUAACAAAGAGUGUUCCCAUGGACCUACCUCUUUAGCAGCUCAGAUUACUUUCUCACAUUUUUGUUGUUAGGAAAAUGUUAGAUGUAAUAAUUUUCAUUAUAUCUUCAACAGCUUGGGGUGGGCUUAUGUGGCCUUCUGAUAACAAUACUGAGGGUUCUGACAAAGACUACUACCAAUAACCUUCACGUGUCAAGUUAUUACUACUUUGGAACUGCUGCGGCAUUCAUUCUGCUAGUCAUAGCUGCUUAUCUUCAUCUUGCAAGGGGUGAUGCAUUCCAGCGUUACUACUCCAGGGUUCCAAGGAGUGGCAUUGACACGGAUUGGAAACAUCCGAUCCAACGAUUUGCAUUCUUCACUGGUGAAGCAUUAAGAGUGCUGCGUUACAAAAAUGUCUUCUGCCAUUGUUUUCUCCUCACUCUGGUAACUGCACAACAGUAUAUUGUUAUGCCAUCUGUAGUUACUAUGGCAAUAGACUUCCUCGGUAAUGGUUGGUUUCCAGUAUUGUUGAUCCUUGUGUACAAUAUUGGUGAUGUUCUUGGUCGAGGACCAUUAGCCAUGUACUAUGUAUAUUCCUUACACUGGGCAUGGUUAUCAACUAUGAUGCGAUUUGUUGUUGUAGUUGGCAUCUGUUUGAGUGUACCACCUCAGAUGCUGAGUGACAGACCUGCUUGGAUGGCAACGUUUGUAGCAGUACUUGGACUUUCAACUGGUCAUCUGACUACAUCACUGAUCUCUUAUGCUUCCUCUGAUGUACCUGGACGAGCCAAAGAAACAGUGGGAUACUUGAGUGUGUUGAGUAUAACACUUGGAAUGGCUGGUGGAAGUGCUGCUAGUUACUGCAUUAAAGCUGUAUUGGAUAGAACUGGCUAGUAUGGAACUUGAGCAGAAAGGUCCGGUGCAAACAUUUAUGAAUUUAAAUCUACCUGCAUCACCUUAAAUAUGCCCAGAAAUUGAGGUUUUGAUAAGUACGAGGACAUUUUAAAAUAAUAUGUAAGAUUCAAAAAUGCUUUUAUCAGCCCACAGGCAAAUGAUUGUCUCCUUGUUAUCAGAAUACUGAAAUGUUUUAAAAUACCGUAAUAUUCCGAAAAUAAGGCCCGGGGCUUACAUUUUUCAAAGGCCCUUUUUGAGGGGCUUAUUUUUGGAGGGGCUUAUAUUCGGAGUGGCUUAUCUAUGGAGGGAAAUUUGCAUCUCAAAAUCGAUUGGGCUAGCCUUAUAGUUGGACGUAAAUUUACCCUUGUUUUACUUUGUAUUUGAGGGCAAUUUUCUAAUUCCAAGUCCCCAGGGGGCUUAUAUUUGCAGGGGCGGUUUAACGGAGGGUUUUUUACGUUACCGGUUUGGGGGGCUUAUAUUUGGAAGGGCUUAUACAUGGAGGGGCUUAUUUUCAGAAUUUUAUGGUAUAAUAAUAAUAAUAAUAGUGAUGAUGAUGAU